AUGGCCCCGGCGAGCCGGCUGUGCGCGGCGCUGCUCUGCGGCGCCCUGAGCCUCUGCAGCCUGCGCGCCGCGCCGCGCCAGCCGGACACGCUCUACGUGUGGAUCGGCGCGCAGCAAGCGCGGCUGCUCAUCGGCUUCGAGGAGGAUAUCCUCAUCGUGUCCGAGGGGAAAAUGGCCCCGUUCACCCACGACUUCAGGAAAGCGCAGCAGAGGAUGCCCGCCAUCCCCGUCAGCAUCCACGCCAUGAACUUCACCUGGCAGGCGACGGGACGGGCUGAGUAUUUCUAUGAGUUCCUAUCUUUGCGCUCUUUGGAUAAAAGCAUAAUGGCUGACCCGACUAUAAAUAUCCCUCUGCUUGGAACAGUUCCUCAUAAAGCAUCAGUUGUUCAGGUUGGAUUUCCUUGCCUUGGAAAACAGGAUGGAGUUGCUGCAUUUGAAGCUAAUGUUAUCGUAAUGAAUUCAGACGGCAACAUUAUUCUCCAGACACCGCAGAACGCCAUCUUCUUCAAAACCUGUCAGCAAGCGGAGUGUCCGGGAGGAUGCAGAAAUGGAGGGUUUUGCAAUGAAAGACACGUCUGUGAAUGUCCAGAUGGAUUUUAUGGACCUCACUGUGAGAAAGCUCUGUGCGCGCCUCGCUGCAUGAACGGCGGGCUCUGCGUUACGCCCGGCUUGUGCAUCUGCCCGCCUGGGUUCUACGGCAUCAACUGCGACAAAGCAAACUGUACAACGACCUGUUUCAAUGGAGGAACUUGUUUCUAUCUGGGAAAAUGCAUUUGUCCUUCAGGGUUUGAAGGAGACCAAUGUGAAAUUAGUAAAUGCCAUCAGCCCUGUCGAAAUGGAGGUAAAUGUACUGGUAAGAAUAAGUGCAAGUGCUCCAAAGGUUACCAGGGAGACCUUUGCUCCAAGCCUGUCUGUGAACCCGGCUGCGGGUUGUACGGCACUUGUGUUGAACCUAACAAAUGCCAGUGCAAAGAAGGCUGGCACGGAAGACACUGCAAUAAAAGGUACGGAGGCGGCGCGCCCAGCGCCCCGCGCCCGGCCGCCCCCAGGCACCGGCAGCUCACGCCGUCCCCGAAAAGGGCCGAGGAGAGGCCCGCGCCGCCCGAGUCCAACUACGUCUGGUGA